UCACGGACAAAUCAUCUACAUUAAUUGACGCGGACGUCAACAUAAAUAUUGUUAUAACACCGGCAAUAAACCGUCAUCAUCUGCACCAUCGCCGAUCACGUGGCUUGCUCGACGGCGACGCUGUACGAUAAUGUUCACGCCGCGCCGCUAUGUGGCUCCGGCGUGGGCCAUCCUGGCUCCGUCACGCCGAUGGGAACAGCAACCGGAGCGGGGAAUUCCACCGGGGUGACCUGGUGGGCCAUGAUGAACGGUUCCCUCUACGAGGACAGCCCGCCGCCAGUUCCACCAACAGCUUCGACCCUCGUAUCGAUUCAACAACAAACAACCUCAACACCGGGCUCUCAUCAAGCGACAACACCGACUUCACCUGGUGCACCGGUAUCAUCGGCAACGACAGCGCCACCGGCGCCUACAGCAAGCGCCAGUUCAACCUCGCCAAGCGCUUCUUCGGUAGCGAGCAACAGUGCAGCCGGACCACUCCAUAUACCAGCCAAGAGAUUAACAGCGACACCAGGAGGUGGUGGUACCACUUACGGAGAAGUAGCUUGCGUGGAGUCAUCAGGCGCGCCAGGUGGUGCGGGCGCAGCAGGCGUGAUACGGCACUCUCAUUCAGCGGGCUCCCAAGGUGGUUGGAGUUAUAGUCCGCAUCAUCCCCAGGAUUCUCAUUACUCGUCCACGGCGGGCGAAUCGUUGAACCAUCAUCAGACUUACGGGGGUAACAAUCCCCCCACGUAUUACAACCUGGCGGCCGAUCCCACUUCGACCUCCGGUUCCUCUAGGGACAACCGGAAGGCUGGGCUUUUCUGGUCACCCGCAGCCGCUACUGCUGGAUCUGCCAGUACCGCUGGAUCUACCUCGGAUUACAAGUCCUACAACUCGGCUGGCGCGGCAACUACGACGUCAACUACUGGCGGAUCCACCACCGGAGCUACCGGCGCCGCCGAUCCGGCCGUGUCGUCCUGCCAUCAGAGCUUCUCUCAGAGUUGGUGCAAUUACGCGCCAUACACGACGGCGAGGCAUCACCAUCCGGUUGACACGACUGGACAUCAUCAUCCUCAUUCGCAGGCGGGGGUACCGUAUCUGGCGCCAUCCGCGGCGGAUGACCGCGGUAGGGUUGCUGCCGCUAUGGUCGCUGCGGAAGGUGCCUUUCCUCAUGAUGGAUACGGCGGUCUGAGAAAUUAUGGAGCGCCCGAACCUGUUACUUCGAGUCCCUACCCACCUCCAGGUUCGCUUGCGGGUGUGGGAGUCGGGGUUGGCGUAGCGGGGAUGGGCGUCGGGUGCGGCAGCUCCAACCCCUUGGAAUGGACGGGCCAGGUGACGGUGCGGAAGAAACGCAAACCUUACUCCAAGUUUCAAACUCUCGAGCUGGAGAAAGAGUUUCUCUUUAACGCUUAUGUAUCGAAACAGAAGCGAUGGGAACUCGCGCGCAACUUAAAUCUGACCGAACGCCAAGUCAAGAUCUGGUUUCAAAAUCGUCGGAUGAAGAACAAGAAGAACAGCCAACGACAGUCUCAGCAGCAAAAUAACAACAACAACAACAACAACAGCAGCAGCGCCAAUAAUGCGAAUCACCAUGCGGCGACCGGCAGUCAUCACCAUCCGAGCACCGCACACGCACCACCCUCGAGUCACCACGUGGUCGCGCAGGCGCAUCACGCGAACGGCUCUACGAAGCAUCAUCAUCAUACCUCGUCCAGCAGCGGGGGCAGCCAUAACAGCCUGGUAGCAGGUCAUAGCCAUAGCCUCCACGCACCGCAGUCCCAGACACCGCUGCCGCCAAUUCACGUAUCGUCGUCGGGCACUGUAACGCCUGCCACGGCCGUAGUCCAUCCACACACACAUACGCACGCACACUCCGGCAGCCAUCAUCAUCAGCUGGCGCACGUGGCUCAACAGUAUCCCGCUCUCCUCCAUCAAACGCCUCACGGCUUGGCCGCCUGAAUGCACUGAACGCCCCAGAGAAAAUCCAUCGAAAUGCCUCGAAUAAACUGAGGCGAUACCGCUAAAUCGUCGAUCAAUAUCCAUGUCCACGGGAAUUCGAUGAAAACUCAUGGACUCUGUUGAGCAGCCGUUCAAAGACUGCUUCUAUUAAGGAAAGAUAAAAAGUU